AGCCGGCCCCGGCGGGACGCGGCGGCGGCACCGGCGGGGAAGAUGGCGGAGCCGGGGGCUGCGCGCAGCCACCCGCGGGCCACAGCUAUUGAUGGAUUUCUAAAAACUGAUGAAAGACAAAGACUGGCAAAGGAAAGAAGAGAAGAAAGGGAGAAAUACCUUGCUGCUAGGGAGCAGCAGAUACUGGAGAAGGAGAGAAGAGCAAAACUUCAGUAUGAAAAGCAAAUAGAGGAGCGCUGGAGAAGACUGGAGGAACAGAGGCAGAGAGAGGAGCAGAAGAGAGCAGCUGUUGAAGAAAAGCGGAGACAAAAGCUUAAGGAGGAGGAGGAACGUUUAGAAGCCAUGAUGCGCCGGUCCCUCGAACGCAGCCAGCAGCUGGAACAGAAGCAGAAGCGAUGGUCGUGGGGAGGAGCACUGGCUGCAGGCUCAGGAGGCAGAGAUGGUGAAUCAGAAAAUACCCCACCCCCUGUUCUAGGUUUAGCUGCCAACACCCUUCCUCCAGACCCUGUGACCUCUACUGCUCCUGCUGAUUCCUUCAAUGCAUGUGACAAACUUUCAGCUUCUACAAUGAAUCUGCCAAAGCAAAUGGAGUCGCCAAUCAGUAAACGCCUCUCGUCCUCCACAGCGGCCAUAACACAUUCCCCUGACAGAGUAUUCCAUAUCUGUCCUCGUGUAGCACCAGCUAGUCCUCUUAAAUCUCCCUACAAGCCUUCCCCCACCCGAAGCACCGACAGGAAGAAGGCAACUUCACCCUCCACUGCCAAUGCCAUGAAAGGGGCACCUGCAGCUGAAGUUACUCAGACUGAGAAGAUAAAGAAGGAGAAGCGACCUGCAACACCUGGUUCAUCAUCUGGUAUGGGAUCUCCUCUGAGAAGGUCUGAUUCUCCUGCUGCCAUGUCCAGAAGAUCUGCUUCCCCUGCAACACCUAAGACAGUUGCAAAGACUUACCCUCAGUCUCCUAAAAACACCAAACAAUAUCCAGCUUCUCCUAUAAAGCAUCGUGCCACUUCCAGUCUCAGCCAGGAAACACCUAAAAAGAAAGCAGAUAAGGAGAAGGAAAAUGCCAGUCACCUGAAGUCCCCAGGAGCACGGGCUGAUGAUGUGGGCCAGGUGGCUCCUGAGAAGCACGUGCCUUCUGCUGGAAAAUCUGAGAACAGUGAAGGGAAGAUCACAGCAGGAACCAGUGAUGCAGAAGAAGCUGCAAAAAUUCUAGCUGAAAAAAGACGACAAGCCCGCCUGCAAAAAGAACAAGAGGAAAGGGAGAGACAGGAAAGAGAAGAACGAGAAAGGCUUGAAAGAGAAGAGCAGAAAAGAAAGGCAGAAGAAGAAAGACUUCGUCUGGAAGAAGAAGCUCGUAAGAAGGAGGAGGAAAGAAAACGCGAAGAAGAGGCAGCUAGAAAAAAGGCAGAAGAGGAAGCCAGGAGAAGAGCUGAGGAAGAGCAAAUGCUAAAGGAAAAGCAAGAAAAAGAGCUCCAAGCCAAACUUGAGAAACAGAGGGAAGAAGCAGAAAUCAAAGCCCGUGAAGCAGCUGAACAGCUUCGUCUUGAAAGGGAGCAAAUCAUGCAGCAAAUUGAGCAAGAAAGGCUGGAGCGGAAGAAGAGAAUAGAUGAAAUAAUGAAGAGAACAAGGAAGAGUGAAACCCCAGAAAUAAAGAAGGAAGAGCCAAAACUGGAGAUCCCCUCAACUUUGAAUGUGGAAAAGCAACCAAAGGCCCUUGUUCUCAACCAGCCAGAGAUCAAUGGAUUGGCAACCUGCCUGAAAAAUAAAAGCUUAGAAAGUGCUGCUUCUGUAAUCCCUUCCCAAGAUGUAGUUGCUAAUGGACUGAAGUCAGUUUCAGGACUUAUUCAGCUGGAAGCUGUUGAUGGAAAAUCUAACAGCAUGGAAGAUUCAGCAGAUGAGGUUCAGUCCAUGGAUGUGAGCCCAGUUUCAAAAGAAGAACUUAUCUCUAUCCCUGAAUAUUCACCCAUGAAUGAACUCAUGCCAGGUGUUUCUUUGGACCAAAAUGGGACGAGUAAUGCCAAGGCUCUUGAAGACCUCUUGGAUUUCACAGGCCAAGCUACCUACUCCAAGAUGUCCAGUGAUACCCUUAGCCUAGAUGACUGUAACAAAAACUUGAUUGAGGGAUUUAACAGCCCGGGACAGGAAAAUACACUUAAUUCUAUCUGUUGACAGCCUCGCUUUUCAGCAGAACAGAUACAGAGGUUACAAUUUCUGGAGGAUAUAUAUCCCUGUGAUGCUACUGGCAGUAAAAUAUGAGCUUGUCACUUGAAAAAGCUUCUGCAGUCCUUGAACACUGGAUUUCAAAUAAUCAGAGCUGAAUAUAACUUGUCUUCCUAGGGAAUAUAUUGAAUAACCGGCUGCUUUUGGUAGAAACCAAUGAUGUAGAGCCUUGAUGUUUCAGGGAAGACAGAGUGUGCAUUAGAAUUUGAGCUUUAGCUGCUAAUAAAGCACUUAUUUCUUCUUUAAUUUAAAAUUCAUCUCAACACUUCACUGUGAUUUUUACCUGUGCAUUUUAUUUUUAAAUAAUUCUUUCCUAAGAUUGAUCAUACAUCCAUUUAGACAUCUUUUUCUUGUAAAUAAUGAUGGGGUUUGCCCACAGUGCAUUGAAACAAAAUAAUAUAAUGUACUUUAGUUUUGUGCCUAUCUUUUUUUGUCUUUAAUAAGGAGUUAUUGGCAACUUUUAUGAGGUGUGUAAUUCAAAACUGUAGCUGAAGAGGCUUGAAAAACAUAGCUGCUGGAAUCAAAAGAGCCUUCUUAUUGACUGUGGAGUGUGGGAACUAUCCCUUUAUGAUGAUGUUGACACUUUUAGUCACUAGUGGCACUUACUGGUUAAUAUUAAUUAGUCUGGGAGCAACUAUCAACUGUGUUUAAAAUCGUAUUUGUGUAACACUUGUAAGCAAAGUAGGCAAAAUGCCAAGUGUAACCCCUUAAUAUAUAUGUAGUAUAGCUGUAGUAGAUCCGAGUGAGUGAUCAGGAGGGUGGCACAUUAACCUUUGAAUAUGCAGACACUUGAUUGAUACCAGCAGGCUUUCUAUCACACAGAGAAGUAUUUUGUCUUCCUGUAGGCUCAACAAAAUGGGAUUUGGUCAGCAGCAAAACAAUAUGUGAGUGUCAGAAACACAAAGGCCAAAAUGCAUGCCAGGAACAGUGGGGGCCCUUAACGUUCUGUAAACAUCUGUGUGGAACAGUCCACAUCAAGAUGGACAAGGUCAGGACGUCAUGUGCCAUACAGUGUUAACUUUAUUUCUGUUGGUGAACCUUUAUGCUAGAUCAAAUGCUGCUUUGAGGACAUUAUGUCCAGUCCCUUAUAAGAAUAAAUUAUAAAUACAACUCUCUUUGGACACUAACACAAAAGACGUGAAAACUUGGGGGGAAGGAGGUGUUUUUCUUUUUUGUUUUUCUUUUUUUUUCCCCACAUGUAAGAGUUCAUAUAGCAUAGAUUGACCUCAGUUGUAGCACCAUUCUUGUGCUCUUAAAAGUCAGCAGUGGGAAAGUAAUCAGUGACAUGAUGUACAAUGCCUAAAAAAAAUCCUACCUACAACAACCCAGCUCUAUUUAUGUUCGUGUACUUCAAAGAAAUAUUUUCUUUUGACUGUGCAGUAAGCUGUAGCAUGGUACUGUGUCUUCCAAAUUAGUCCUUCAUCUAUUUCCUAAAUAAUAAACAAACAGAAACAGUUUGUUUUGCUGUAAUACAUUGUGUUUGACAAAUGUCAUAUUAUAUUUUAUUAUGGUGUCAUUGUAUAACCUGUAGAUUUCUGUAUUUGCAUGACCUGUAUAGCAUGUAUAAAGGUGAAAUACAUUUUCAUUUAUGACUCUAA